AUGAUGUGCAAAAGUAAGCAUUUUUUCAGAGAUACUGAAUAUUUCAUAUACGAAAAAGAGAACUCUAUUCAAAUAGGGAAGAAUGAACAAUAAAUAAAAUACAAAAUCUAAUUAGAAUUGACAACGAUAAUUACAUGGGUUUAUGGUGACAGAAAUUAAUUCAUCGGAUUCAAGUUUAAAUGGAAGUAGAAAAUGAAAACAAUGGUUGUGAAUUAUCAAAAUUGUUUACGACUGAAAAGCAUAUUCGAUGGAAAAGUCUCCUAUAGCAAUCUUGUCAAAAUGUUUAAUAAAGUAAAAUAAAUUCGAUAGCACUCUCAAAACACAAUUAUACUAGUUCAUAGUUGUAUAGAUUAGAGACCUUACCAAAUGAAAGUGACACCAAAUAGCAUUAAUUACAACAUGCUUGUAUCAAUUUAAAUCAUAACUAAGGAUUUUAUGAUAGAAUUGGAAGUCUUAAACCUUAAACACAAAAACAUGAUAGCAAUUUCGGAGUAUUUUGUUGAAAACGAUAAAUUUUACAUUAUUUUUGAGUACCUGGAAGGAAGGAGUUUAAGGGAGAGAAUGAACUCACAAUACAAGAUGAAAAAGGAGGAAGUAAUAGUUGUCUUAAAAGUAAUAAUAUUAUCUAAAUUACCAAAGCAACUUCUGAGUCUGCUAAUUGCAUUGCAUAGAAGAGGGUUCAUAUGUAGAGACCUAUCUUAAGAUAACAUAUUUAUCUAAAAGGAUGGUCGAAUAGUUGUAACUGAAUUUGGACAAAUUACAAAAUUGGGGGAAAUUCUGAGAACUAAAAGAGGUACAAAAGAUAUUGAUUUAUUGAAUGAAUAUAUGUUCCCCAAUAAUUUAGAAGGCAAUUAAAAUAACGAGGAGUUUGAUAGAUAAUUUUGGUUUGCUUAAGAUGUGUAUUGUUUAGGUGAACUUCUUCAUGAAAUGUUAACUGGUAAGAGUCUCUAAAAAACAAUCUUUGAUAAAUAUACUAUCUUCCAGUCUAGUUAGAAUACUAUGUCGACUUUAAGAAGGAAAUUUGGACUUCGAAAAUUAUUAGAUAGAAUGCUAGAACCUGAUCCCAAGCUUAGAAUAUCAGCAUAAUAAGCCUAAAACUUUAUAAAGGACAUGGAAUUCGGCGAUGAUUCGUUUGUGGACUUUUCUGAUUAGGAGGAAAGAAACAAUUUCUAGGAAGUUUACUAAUUUAUUUCAAAAGUGUGUCUUUAGAAUCUCUGA